UUAACCGACCUCUCUCUCUCUACACUCACUCUCUCUCUCUCUAUAUUUGCAGAGUGUUCGUCGCUUUCACUGCCCAGCCUUUUUCUCUCUCUUUCUCACUAAAUUCUCUCGCCGACCUUUCUCCGAACCCUAGAAACCCACUUAAACUUCAGAACAUUGAUCGGCGUACUCCUUCUCGUCUUUUCCGCGGGAUUGUUUCUUUCCGGAUGAAUUUUGCGGCUUUCAGUUUUCUUUACCAUGGAUGAUGAUGAUGAUCUCUGGGGUCCGCCACCUGUUGUGCAGGAGGAGCCCCCUUUCAAGCCUUUACGUGGUUAUGAAUUCUGGUUUGAUCCCAGAACAGAUGUGCUCGAAGAAGAGUACCAGAACGAAAAAUACUGUGAGCAAGUGCGGCGUAUAUUGGACGGAAAGAAGCAAGAUACUGAAAGCAAUGAGCUUGACAAGGUUUCGGAUUCGCUUCAAAAGGAUAUGGCUUCCUCUGGAGCCGGUGACUCGCCGGAAAUAGUCUCUUCUGAUUCGGACAAGACCCUCAGUGCUAUUUCUCCAGAUGCUGACACAAGUUCUGCAAAAUCGGCUCUCGAUGAGGAUGAAAACACAUCCAGUAUCAGUGAUGCUCAAACUAAGGAGACAAAAGAUUCUAGUAACGACACUCAAGUAAUUGACCCAGAAACAAGAAAGCCUCAGGAGACAUCAGCAAAUGACCCAAUAACAGUUGAGGAGGGAAAGGUUGCAGAAGAUGCAGAUAUCUCUUCUAGCCCUGUGUUUGCAAGCAAGAGUGAGGAAGCGGAGGAACAUUCUCCUUCAUCCUUGGUUACUGACCAAGUGUUUGAUCCUAUAAAACAAGCCCCCGAGAACAGAUCUCUAUCUGAGCUAAGCCGAGAGAAUAUUGGAGGUUCUACUUUGAAGCCAUUGGGUUUAGAGACCACCGAGAAGGUGAGAGAAAAGGCAAAUGCUACAAACGAAGAUGGAGAAAUGUUGAAGGAUCAGCAGCAAGAAAUCGAAACUUCUUCUGAACCUUUUACCACAGAGUCUCGCUUAGAGAUGUGUGAUGCAUCGGAGAAAGGCAGAGAAACCCCAUGUGAUGAUAGAAUCAAAAGUUCACAGUCCGAAGCUGUGAAGACUGCUGUUAAAGACGAGCUGAUCGUAAACUCGCCUACCGUGGCAAGACAAAAGGCAGAGAGCAAUGCACUGUUGAAGCCUGGGCCAGACCUAACAAAGAAGGGACAGAGGAAAUCUAAAGGCAUGAACACAAGUUUUAUCAGAAACACCAAGCCGAAAGUAGGAGGUGAAGCUGGUGAGAUUGAUAUUGAUCCAGUUAAAAAAUCAACCCAGUCAACUUCUAAACUCAGCAGGGGUUCAAGUGUUCCAGCACAGCUUUCAGAUUCAACAUCGGAGUUGAUAGAACGAAUUAGACAAAGAGAUGGGCAGACCAUGGGUGACUCAGUGACCUCAAUAAGCGAGUUGAAGAACAAGACAGGCAAGGAGUUAAGAAGCAUAGCAAAGGAGCUGAAAAUGACACAUUACUCUAAGCUCAAGAAAGAAGAUCUGCUUCAACAGAUAAUCAACCAGCUAAACUUGCAGCCAGCCGAUUGUACAGAGCAGAAAAUGGAGUCAUAACCGAUCUCACUGGUAUAGUUAACAUUAGACCUUACAGAACAGUCCUCUUUGUUUUUUGGACUCGA